GUCUCAACCAGUCUCCAGAAGCGUGGCAGAAGCUAUAAACAUCAACAGAGAAGCCGCUGCCACACAACUGCCGGAACUACCUGCGUAGAAAACCGGUGUGAAGAGCCAAGCAGGAGCUGCUAGGCGCGAUAUUAUGACGUCACGACGCACAUCUUUCUGGCCGCCUAUUGGUCCCCUUCUCCCGCACUUUCCAGGGGAAAACCUUGUCAGAACUGGAAGUCAGGUCUUUCACUUCCACACAGCAGCAGCAUUUAAGUUGAGCAAUAGGGUAGUCUGUCAGACAGCCCAUUUCUGAAUUAAGGUUCCACAGCGAGACAAAAGACUCCGUGACUUUGGGGACCUACCGAAAUGGCUGAGAGAGAUCACAAACUGACCGUCGUUGAACAAAGAACUCGACUGCCUGAGGGUUGCCAGGAUCGCUGUCCUUAGGAACGAGUUUCCCCCAGGCAUAGUACGCCAACCAUGGCCGCCCCGAAGGGGGCCAGUCCCGCUGCUUGGCGCUUUGCCGCGGCAGCCAGCUGGCGAGUGGUGCGCGAACGCCGCGUGGAGCAUUUCCCUCGAGUCCUCCAGUUUCUGCGCUCCCUGCGCGCUGCUGCUCCCGGCUUGUUUUGCUACAGGCACCACGAGCGCUUGAGUGUGGGCCUACAGGCCAAGAUGGUGGUGGAGAUGAUCGUACGAGGCCGGCCUUGGCCUCAGGUUCUGAGUGUCUUGAACCACCACUUCCCAGAGUCUGGACCUGUACCGCGGUACCCUAAAGCUACAGAGCAGGAUCUGAAGAUGCUGGAAGCACGGAAAACCUUUUGCCAGCAGGUGAAGCAACUAAUGUCAGAGGCCCCCGUGAAUUUGGCCUCAAAGCUACAGCAGGAGCUUGAAGAAGAAUAUGGGGAACCCUUUAUGGCUGCCAUGGAGAAGCUGUUUUUUGAAUAUUUGUGUCAGCUAGAGAGAGCACUGCCUACCAUACAGGCACAGCAGCUUCAAGAUGUGCUGAGUCGGAUGCAACCCAAAGUUCCUGUCCCCUCUUCUCUUGCCUUGAGCCAAUAUGCUAUGGACAUGGGGUGGCCACUUCCAGUGAACUUGACUGAGCCUGUGGGACAGAAUCCUCCUAUGCAGUCUAAACCAGCUCUCCACAGUCCUCUACCAAAUGCCAAGCCCAGCCCUGGAGAACCAGCUUUAAGGAAGCAUCGAGAAUCUUUUGCUGGCCAUCACUUCAAUCUGACCCCCUUAGGCCGGCGAAGACUCCAGUCCCGAUGGACAUCUUCAGGGGGCAGCUAUAAAGAACGCCCCACAGUCAUGCUGUUACCCUUUAGGAAUCUGGACCCAUCAAGCCAAGUCAUAGCUCAACCUGAGGGCAGGGAAGAGCAUGGGAUGCCCACAGCAGACACAGCAGGUGUGGGCACAAAAGCAGCCAUCACCAGCAAGUCAAAGAGUCCAUCUCAGAUUCUGGGGGGAAAGGCUCUGAAAGAAAACCCACCUGCCUUGUCUGCCUCAGGGGAAAUGGAGAAUUGCUUGGAUUGCUACUUGGAACCCGUGAGACUAUCCUUAUCACCUCCGGAGGCCAAGAAGCCAGCACAUUUUCUGCCUCUGACCACCUCAGUCAUUAUCAUAGGGGACUUGGUUUUGGACUCUGAUGAAGAUUGCCAGAGAGAAGGAAAGUAGGCAAGAGCAGAGAACUGGAGAGAACAAUGGGCAGAACAAGAGUGAGAAGCCCACAGGCUCCAGAAUUCAUUUCCAGUGUUAGAACCCCUCAUGCUCCCUUCUCUAUAGUCUCUAGGAAACUAUCAGAAGACAAAGUAUAAUACCCUGAUCCCCAUCUUCCAUGAAUACUUCCCCAUCUAUGGCCUCAGUGCCAUGCCUGCUGCUUCCCAUGACUGCACAGAUAGCUCUAGAGCCCUGUGAUGCUACUGCAGUGCCCUAUGCCCUAUGCCCACCUCUUUUCUCAGCUCUGCAGGCAGCUUAAUGGGAAUCAAGUGGAAACCCAUCUGUGAUGCCUAAAUAAAAGUGGUAUAAUGCC